AUGUAUAUUCAAGCCCGCUCUGUUGACACCGAUUUUGCCUCCGAUGACUCCCCCACUCCUUCGAUCAAUACGCUCCCCACGGAAGUACUUAUCCUAAUAUUCAAGUUCGCCCACUACUUGUGGUGGAAAGGUUUCAAAAGGGAACAUGCGGACUGGCCUGCGGCCGGGGGUGGAAGCACACGGAAACAAAUGAGUUUGGGACACCCGGAGGUAUUGACACACGUAUGCUAUCUCUGGCGCCAAAUUGUUUUCUCAUCCCCCGCUUUAUGGUCGUACAUCGAUCUCUUUGCUUUGAACCAAUCCCCUCAGCUAAGUCUGGACCGUAGCUCUGCUUUCGUAGCGCGAGCAGAAAACCACGAACUGACCCUUCGUGUACGUUUGCAUCACGGGAUACACGAGUCUCUGUCGGACUUUGCCUCGAUUAAGGAUUUCUGCUCAUUCAUUGGACCGAGGAUAGGCGCUUUACAAAUUGAUAAUAACUCUCCGAAUUAUUCAACAACGCUCUUGUCCUCCAUUAUUCGGGCGAGCCUCCCGCGCACCAUGCCCGGAGUUCUAACGAAGCUUGACAUCAACGAUCACAGCGUGCGAACAAUUUCGAAUUUUACUGAGAACAGUGAUGGCUUGGCUGGCUGGACAUUGCCGACUCCAGAGAACUUCGACAUGUCGCAGCACUCGCUGGACAAUAUUCUGCGUUCAAUCAAGGUUUUACGACUGAGCGGUCAAUUCUUCCCAUGGACGAGUCCAGCUUACCGAGGUCUCGUAGAACUUCACCUCCGGUGCACUCGUCCUCAGUAUGGACAUCGGCCCUCUAUACGGAUUACUCAGCUGAGAGAGAUACUCCUGGCCUCUCCUGGGCUCCGCGUAUUUUACUUUAAUAUUAAUAUUAGUCAAGACGUAACAAUAGCUCUACCGCCAGUUCCCCUUCCGGAAUUGGAAGUGCUUAAUCUGCGAGGAUUGAAACGCAGCUUGUAUGAUUUACUCCUUCCUUUGCUCUCCCCCGCACAAAAGCCCCUUCAAAUGACGAUUCAAACACAACGCGUUGUACCGAGCACCUUGUAUUGCUUUGCACUUAUCUCAUUUUUUCGACGCACAAACGUAACCAGUCUCUACGUAGUGAACCGAUUAGCGUCUUACCCACAGCUUCCCCUAGAUAUGCUGGUACUUGAAUCACCUGCUAGCCUAAAUACGCUGGGGUUGGAACGAUUCCAUGUAACUGGACCCGAACCAUCACGGCGCCACUCCAGACCGAUAUGUCGGAUGAAACUAAAUCACCUAUAUCUGAGGAAAUGCGCGGUCGAUAUUUAUGCACUCGAGAAUAUCGCUGAAACAUUUCCAAUUGAAACAUUAAGAUUCCAUGACAUGCUCGAGAGCAGUUACGACCGAGAACUAACAGAUGUACAUUCCAAAAUUAGCUCGAUGUUUCCCUCAGUGAAAUGGGUUCGGUGGAAUCGUGCCAUGGAGGCAUGGGGUGCAUGGGAAACAGAGUAUCUCGAUUAA